GAAAACAUUCAUUUCCGUCCGCAAUCACGCUUUCGAUUCGAAACUUCAUCAGAAACGCACAUGACUAAUCACAUGAUGCCUUUCACACGGGGGUCGUGUUGAUAAAAGCGCAAAGCAGGUCACACGCCACAUAAAGAAGAUCUAAUCCAGAAUGAAGUCCCUGUUUUUGCUGUACCUAGCCUCAGCACUGGCUGUGUGUUGGGCUCGUCCACAGCUACGUGCGCUCUCCCAUGAGAUGGUCUCCUAUAUCAACAAAGCAAACACGACAUGGACGGCUGGACAUAACUUUGGCAAUGUAGAUUACAGCUAUGUGAAGCAGUUGUGUGGAGCAAGGCUCAAGGGACCAAAACUUCCAGUCAUGGUUCAGUACGCUGGAGAUGUGAAGCUUCCAAAGAAUUUUGAUCCCAGGGAGCAGUGGCCUAAUUGCCCAACUCUGAAAGAAAUCCGAGACCAGGGGUCAUGUGGGUCAUGCUGGGCUUUCGGAGCAGCUGAAGCAAUCUCCGACAGAAUCUGUAUCCAUAGCAAUUCCAAAGUGAGCUUGGAGAUCUCCUCUCAGGACCUGCUGACCUGCUGCUCUGACUGUGGCAAUGGAUGUGAUGGAGGAUAUCCUUCUGCUGCUUGGGAUUUCUGGACUACACAGGGUCUAGUGACGGGUGGUCUCUAUAACUCUCAUAUAGGAUGCCGGCCAUACACCAUUGAGCCAUGCGAGCACCACGUAAACGGUUCUCGUCCUCCGUGCACUGGGGAAGGUGGAGACACGCCGAGCUGCGACGAGCAAUGCGAACCCGGCUACAGUCUUUCUUACAAGCAGGACAAGCACUAUGGAAAACAAGCCUACAGUGUUCCGUCUGAUGAGGCGCAGAUCAUGCAGGAGCUCUACAAGAAUGGCCCAGUGGAGGGAGCUUUCAUCGUAUACGAGGACUUCCUUAUGUACAAGUCUGGUGUUUAUCAGCAUGUCACUGGUUCUCAAGUAGGAGGUCAUGCUAUCAAGAUCCUAGGCUGGGGAGAGGAAAAUGGAACCCCUUACUGGUUGGCUGCCAACUCCUGGAACACCGACUGGGGUGAUAACGGUUAUUUCAAGAUCCUGAGAGGUGUGGACCACUGCGGCAUAGAGUCUGAGAUUGUGGCUGGUAUCCCAAGUAGCUCCUAAUGCAGGUGGAAAAGAAAUUGAGAGAAAUCUGACAUUCAACAAAGUCAAAUAUGGCGUAUUAGAACAUGAAUGAUUUUAAUUCUUUUAAUAUAAAUCUACAAUGCUAAAAUUUUAGCAUUUCCUCAUUUCUGAACAACUUUUAGAUUUUCUUUCCUCCCUGUUUAAUAAAUGGCCGUUUAUUUUGAUUUUAUAACCAGAUAUGUUUUUAAGUGAUUUUUCAAAUAAAAUAUCAAAUCCUGUGUUUUCUUAAAUAAAUCGUGACUGCUUUAUGUAUCUAGAUUUUUGCAGGACAAUAUUGUUAGCAAAUUUACACAGAUGAUUAUGAACCUGUCUUUAAAUACGGUAAGAACGUGUAGGUUCAGAAAUGGUAGCUAUGCUAAUGUUAACUACAUUAAAAGCUAAAAGCUUUGACAUGUAACGGACAGUGUAACAUAUUUGCUUGCUUGACUCUGUAAACCUUUGGUAUAGACUGCAGAUAUAAAAUAACAGGUGAAUAUCAGUAUCCAGCCAAAAAUGUUGCUGCUUUUUAUUUUUUUUUAAAUAAAUUACAAAAUACUUGUGCACUCAAUAUGAAUGCGUUACAUAAAGUAUGAGUUCAUACAGUACUAGGAAUGAUUUUAUGCUGUGUUGCUGCUACAUGAUUGGCUGAAUGACUGUUCCUAAUAAAGUGGCAGUGAGGUGACACAUGCAUCAUAGUCACACAAAUAUCAGACCCCACCCUGAACUCAUGGGUUUUUUUAAAAAAAAAAAUAAAUAAAAAUUGAUAA